AGGGGGUGGGAUCGGACACGCUCGCUCACACACCGCCAGAAGGACAGCUGGUGGGAUCCAGGCUAGUGAGAAACUUACUGCAUUCAGAAGGACACACUGCUCACGAGAUGAUAUAUUAUUCACAAAAAGGGAAGGGAGGAAUUGAGAAACAGAGGCGGAAAGUAGGGAAUGAUGAGCUGGUGGGGAUUUGGGGGGGAGGAGGGGAGGAGAGGGAGAGGGAGAGGGAGAGGGAGGAAUGAACCGAGAGGAUGUACGGAAAUGUAAGGCAAGUACAGUAUGUACAGUCAGUUACGACAAGUAGACUAAAGUGUAGUUACAGAGUUGUUAGACUCGUUACAGACAGACGGACCCUCCUUAGUCCUCUUUCACUUCUCUUAAGUUCUCUCACUCACUCUCUCACUCUCUCUCUUGCUCGCCCGCUCUCACAAGCAGCUCCACCACGGGGGCGAUCGGCGGCUAAUAAGAUUGAGCAGAGGCUGAACCGGUCAUCCACCGAUUCCAUUGCCUGCCAAUCAAUCAAUCAAUCAACACAUUUCAUGAGUUGGGAACCUCACAAGCAGACGGGCACCUAAAUUGGGUGACUACCAGGUGCACAUGUUGUCAUUCUUCUCCUGACCUCCUGAUUACAGUCGCAAUUGGCCACCG